AUGACGGCAGUCAAAAGUAUUCCUUCGGAGAUCAUCAGCACAAUGGGUCGAGGUCGGCCACCUAGUGGCCCACAGCAUGAUGACUGGGAGGCCAAACGCAAUAUUAUUGAACGGCUCUAUAUCUCUGAGGGCAAAAGCCUCAAAACGGUGCAGGCUAUCAUGCUUGCUGAGCAUCACUUUUCGGCAACGUUUGUCUUCUGGAUCUCUCACAUCUUGACUUUGCUGAAUUUUCACAGCAAAAGCCAAUACGAGAUGCGUUUCAAUGACUGGGGUCUGCGCAAGAAGGUCAAGCACCGAGAUUGGAUAGACAUCGACUGUUAUGUCCAAAGGAGAAAGCGCUUGGGAGUCGACAGUGAUGUCUACAUUGACGGGAUCCUCAUUCCACCGAAAAAACUGAGGAAAAAGGCCAGAAGAAACGACACCAGCGCUGUGACAACGUUCCAGCAAGAACCUCACUCGCCGGAACUCCCAAAUCGAGUUUCUAUCUUGACACCUCAGCCAUGCCAGCUGUUAGCACCCCCUAUUGAACAGCUUCCAUGGGCACUCUUCAGCGCUUCACUGGAGGCACAAUGUAGGUCACGUUUCGGAGAUAUCCUGUAUCGAGUGUUGAUGUUACUUCUAGCGUACGACGCUCUGCUCAAUCCACAACAUCAAUCAUCGAGCGCUGGAGGCCAUCAUGAUCAAAUGACGAACCAAAGUCUGCCAUUCGCGUCGACAAGCUACCUAUAUUCAACUUUUUUCCGAUCUCUGUUCCCUUUCUGCUCUGGCGUUGAUACAUCUCAGCAGAUCAACAUGAUCUCGGCUCUUCUGCCCAUUACUGCCAGCCUGGAUACACCUCAGGGUCAAGACUUUUGCAGCCUCACGAUACACAAUGCGAAUAUACAGCUUCUGAUGUUAUUAACCUUUUCUCUGUCUAACAAUCUAUUGACGAAUUAUGAUAUUGACCUGUUACUAAAAUUGGUCCCGCCUCCGAGCCGAUUGUCUUUGUUGAGAGAUUUGGUCUCUCACAAAGGUGCUGCCACUGAAGGGGUGACGGAGAGACUUUUUGAAUAUGCAAUUCUUUGCGAUACGCAAAUGCUGUCCAUGCUUCUUGGACUAGGUAUCGAUCCAAAUGAGCAAGUAGUCUCCUGGCUAGGGGCUCUGACGACGCCACUUGCAUAUGCCGCAAACUUUGCCAAAAAAGAGGCUGUCAAAGUACUGAUCUCCGAAGGUGCUGACGUCAAUGGCACACAUUCUUUCAUAAAAGAUGGUGGGAGGCCCAUAGAAAAAGCCGUUGAAUGCGGAGCUUGGGCAACAGCUCAGCUUUUACUGAAUCAUGGCGCAAAAGUUGAUGGAUCUUACCGAUCAAGGACAGGCGCAAGUAUGCUUGAAUGCGCCUUUCGAGACUACAGGGCCCCCGACCCUUGCCUCAUAAAAGCGCUACUCGACAAUGGUGUCUCUAUGGGAUUGGACGGGCAUCAAUGUGCUAAGAUACUCGCUCUAGCCCUUCCUUACUCUCUGGAUACAAAUGACGUGUCCUGGCAAGAAACGAUCCAUCACCUACUUCAAGCAGGGGUGAAAGCAGCUGCAGAACCAGUAAGCAUAGAGGCCUCUAUGCUUGACGACGACGGUGAGCUUCUUUGCUUUCCAACCCCGUUAUCAAUUUUGGAGAGGGCAGCCGAUCUUGGCGAUACAAACACUUUUCUGCUAUUACACGAAGCAGGGGCCCGAAUAACAAGAUUUACUCUCUAUUACGCAGCAGGGAAUGGAAACGAAGCAUUGGUAAAGUUCCUUCUUGGAAAAGGCGUCAAUCCAAACGAACAGUUUCCUUCAGGGGAUUGUGCACUUCUCGUUGCUGCUUCCUCAGAUUCGCCUUCACACAAAUCCAUACUGAGGCUGCUGGUUGACUCAGGGGCGAAUGUCAACCCUGAAAGACCUCUCAUGAACCAAUCACCUCCAAUCUGGACACCUCUUCAAGCUGCAAGUUACGCUGGAAACAUUCUUGAAGUCGAGCUGCUUUUGAGGCACCAAGCUGAUAUCCAUGCCGAUGCAGGCGUGCAAAACUUUGACAACCCGGCCCUCGCAGAGUCAUUUACAGCACUUUCGGCAGCUGCAUACGAAGGACAUACUGGAAUUGUGCGGCGGCUCCUUGAAGCUGGGGCUAAAGUGGGCCAACCGGCAUCACCACUAGCCUUGAGCGCUGCCGCGAGGAGCGAUGAUAGAGAAAGUUUGGGAUUGAUAUUGGAGGCUGGAGCUGACAUUAAUGCAUCCAUGGGAACUUAUCCGAAUCCACUGAAUACUGCGACGCUUUUAAGCUCCCGGCAAACCGUUGAGUGGCUCCUGUCGCACGGAGCUAAAGCUGAUGUUACUGGUGGUAACCACCCUUCUGCCAUACAGGCAGCAAUAAUUCGCAGUGCAGAUGGCUUUGAUGAUUUGAUCCAGUCCCUCAUCAGCGCAGGCGGUGACGUUAAUGCUGCGGAAGGGCACGUAGGGGUGGAUGAAAACUUUGAUUAUUACAAUGACAGGCCUAAAAAGUGGCAUACGCCUUUGGUUCUCGCAAUCAAGCAAAAUAGACCGGGAAUCGUCGACCUUCUACUUUCGAAGGGUGCAAAUGCGAACGACCUCUCCGGACUUUCAUACAGCACAACAGCGCUAGAGGCUGCGGCAUCACAGGCAAACUUGGGCUUGGUGUUCAGGCUGCUACGUGCUGGUGCGGAGACUGACGACCCGGAAGCAUUGCUGGCAGCGGUACGAACACGUCGUGGUCAAGAUGUCGCUGGGGCGCUGCUCACUGCUCAUUCAAUACGCUAUCAUGGCCUUCGCAAGCAUUUUGGAGGUCUAGCCUUACAAUACACAAUUGCCCACGGAGACUUGACUCUAAUGAAGCAACUCAUAGACGCAGGCAUAGAUGUCAAUGCGGUUGUCAGAAGAAGUGAUGGUCGACGUGCUAUUGUGCGCAACUGGGAUUGUUCUACUUUUGAAGAAAGAUAUGAAAUUCGUGACGGUGAAAGUCCUCUCGGUACGGCGGUUCGGUCGUUUCUAGGGCACACUGCAGCUGUCUCUUUGUUACUUCAGCAUGGCGCUAAUCCCAACUCAUUCGUUGUAGGGACGAGAGUUUACGACGAUGGUACAAGGCAAACUGUAUUGGUCGCGGCCAUCGCAACCCGGAACGAGGAGCUUGUCAAGAUGCUUGUUGCUGCUGGUGCCGAUGUCAACUGGUGUUUACUAACAGAUGAGCGUGCUCGGACACCUCUCCAAGAAGCUGCGGGUGCCGGGCUGCUGUCGAUAGUCCGAGCCUUGAUUGAAGCGGGUGCUCGUGUAAACAAUGAAGGAGCAAGCAGCGGUGGAGUCACGGCGCUGCAGGCUGCUGCCAUCGGAGGCCAUGUCAACGUUGCGCGAUUGCUUAUCGAGCUUGGUGCUCAAGUUGACGCCCCUCGCGCACCAACUGAUGGGCGAACGGCUCUGGAGGGCGCAGCUGAGCACGGCCGCAUCGACAUGGUGCAGUUACUUUUAAACUCUGGCGCUGAAAUCGACGAAUAUGAUCCUGAAGGGCAGUACCGCCGGGCGCUGGACUUUUCUUACCGCGAGGGCCAUCUCGCCACUUGGCGCCUGUUGAAACGCUCCUGUGAAUGGACCGACAAUGUCAAUCCAUCGACGUCUUUUGCAUAUGCUGCUGGUGGCGCAAAUGGAACCAGCGUCACGAACCUUGUGAAUGAACAGGAAGAAGUCCCCGACUCUGCACCAACUGUCUCGCUGUUUGGCAACCAGGUUACAUUAUCAGAACCAGUUCCCGUUCAGACACAAGAAGGACUGCUCCAUGAGAUCUUGGAUGGCCAUGCGCUCGGUGCCACAGGAGUAUCGACCGCGGCUCCUGAGGGACCAUGGCCAUAUUUAGAUGAUCAAGAGGCUUCAUCAGUAUCUCUUCCAGAUCCCACUUUCCCCUGGUCGGCGGAUUGGACGAAUUUCCAGGAUGGGAGCUUUGUGGGAGACGAGGACCGUUACGCGUUUGAGAUCGGGGAAAACUUCAUGUCUGAGACAUAG